AUGAAUAAAUGUGAUUUAAUGUCAACCAAAGUUGGUUUCAUUGGUGGUGGAAAUAUGGCAAGUGCUAUUGGUGCUGGUUUAAUUCGUAAAGGCAUUUUAAAUCCAGAUAAUGUAUGGGUUUCUGCUCGUACAAAUAGAACUUUAGGUUUUUGGAAUGACCUAGGUGCUCAUGCUACAUUAAAAAAUGGAGAAGUAGUAGAUAAUUGUGAUAUCAUAUUUUUGGCAGUAAAACCCCACAUGCUUGAUAAUGCACUUGAGGGUAUGGUAUUAACUAUGACAAAAAAGGCUUCACACCUACUGCUGUUUGUUUCAGUGCUAGUAGGAGUCACAUUAGACACUUUAGCUAAUAAGCUUAAAUCCAUUGUUGCAUCUCCUAAAAUAGUUAGAUGUAUGCCUAAUACUCCAAUGAUGGUUGGGGAAGGAAUAACAGUAUAUUGUGCUAUGAAUAUAACGGAUCAAGAUGAAACUAUAAUUGAAACAUUAUUUUCAUAUAUUGGUGUCAUUGAAUAUGUUCCUGAAUCUCUUAUGAAUGCUAUAGGAGGUCUUUCAGGAUCUGGUCCUGCUUAUGCAUAUUUAGUUAUAGAAGCCUUAGCAGAUGGUGCUGUAAAGAUGGGUGUUCCAAGACCCAUGGCAACAAAAUUUGCAGCUCAAGUAUUAGUUGGAGCUGGUAAAAUGGUAUUAGAAACAGGUAGACAUCCUGGUCAGUUAAAGGAUGAAGUAUGCUCUCCAGGAGGUACAACUAUUACAGGAGUUCAUGCUAUGGAAUGUGGACAAGUCAGAGCCUCUAUGAUGAAUGCAGUUGAAGCUGCAGUACGGAAAUCAAACGAACUAGCUUCUUCAAUAAAGUAA